AAGGGAGAGAGAUGGCUAAGGUCACACAUGAGGAUUUCCCGCAUGGGAAACAAAAGCCUGGCUGAGGCUGAGAUUUGCUCUUUUCCAGCCCAGCUGCUGUGCCAAGACCUCUGGCAGCUCCCGCCAGCCUGUGCACAGGUGCAGAGAAGGCAGGGGGUUGGGUUGCCCAGGGUUGGUUUCUGCCAGGUAAGAGAGAAGCCCAGGGUGCUGGGGAUAUUGGUAGCAGGCGAGCAAGCUGGAGUGGUGGCUGCAGAUCCAGGCUGGGGAGAAGGGUGUGCAAGGAAGGUAGGGAAGAGAAGGUAGGAGGGAACUGGCAGAGUGAAAGGAAGCAGAGGCGGAUUGUGAGCUCUGUGCAGGGCGAUGUCUGUGCAAUUCCGGCUGUUAUCUCCAGAGACUUGCAUAGGGUUGUCACUUAGUAAAUAGUUGAAUAAAUGAGCUGAGGGCUCAAGAGGUCACAGGUAGAAGGCAGGUGAGGUGGGGGUGAUGGAGAUGUGGUUCUGAUUUAGGAAAGGGGCAUUCCAGAGCCAGGUGAUGAGACUGGGCUGUUCUCAUGGAGGGUGGCUGCAGGGAGCAGAGAGGCCAGUGUUGGGUGGGCAAUCCAUGGGAAUGCAUAGCUGCCAGCAUAGGGUGCACAGCACCCAGUCUUCAAGGAGGGAGGGGGAGAUAGCAUUUCUCAAACUAGGAUCCUUGGACAUCUUGCAUCUGAAUCUGUAAGGGGGUGGUGGGCUGGUUGGAAAUGCAGACCCCUGGGCCCACCCCAGCCUCUUGGGGAAAAAGUAAGCCCAGUGCAGCAGAAUUGAGCAUGGUGGCUAUGGGGGCCUUUAUCCAGGCUAGAGUUGGAUAGGGAUAGUCAGUGAAGAGAUACUGGGGGCAGGAAAGGGCCAACACCAAGGGGAUUCAGUCCAUGUGAGGUGGGGGCCAGAAGGAUGGGGCCUCUGCCCUAGGAUGCAGCUUCUGCCAGAGAGAAGGGCCUGAUUGGGCAAUGGGACCGGAUCCUCUACCCUGUGGCCUGGGGGUAGAGAGGGUGUCCAGACUGAGCAUCCCCUCUGAGGGUGGAGGGAUGGGGGUGGUGCAUGGUGCUAUGGGACUCUCUGCACCCAGCUGCUUCUCUUCUCUCGGCGGCAACACAUAAUAUGGGGUUGAUCCAGUCCCCCACUUUUAGCUCCUUCUCAGCCUCCAAACCCCCUCAUGCUCAGUGCUUCUCUGCCGUCCUUUGGCACAGUCCCUCCACUCAGCACCCCCAGCCCUUCCUUCCACUCUCUCAGCCCCUGCUCUCUAGCCUUCACACACUCAGAACCCCAACUCUAAGCCCUCUGUGUCCAGCUCUCCCUCAGCACCCCUCAACAGCCACUCCAUGAGGCCCCUGUGCUAACUGCACCCAAUUCAGCCCCACCCGGUGUCCUCACUCUGUUUAUCCCUCCAUAUUCACCGCUGCCCUCGACUCCCUUUACCCACACUCCUGACCCAGCCGAGAAGACCCCCGUUAAGUCCCCUGCCUGAGGGGAACCUCCAGUCACCCCUCCCAGAGGCUGGGAGGGGGGCCAAGGGCCCGGUGCCCCCGUGGUCCGGCCGGUCCCGCCCCAUCCCGGCGGGCUGAGUCAGGCGGCAGGAACUGGGCGGGGGGCGGCGCCGGGAGGAGCUGAAGCAGGAGCCAGAGUCGCUGGGAGCGAGCGCGGAGCCCAGCCCGGCCGGCACCGAGUGGCCCUGGGCCGGCGGGGACACGGGGGGCAAGCGCGGGGCUUGGAGGGCUGUCCCGGACCUACCAUGAACUCCAAGAAGAGAGGGAGCCCCGCGCGGACUCGUUCCAUGAUGUCCCUGUCGGUGCGGCCGCAGCGCCGCCUGCUCAGCGCCCGGGUCAGUAGGAGCCAGUCCUUCGCAGGCGUCCUCGGCAGCCAGGAGCGGGGGCCCAGGAGCUUCCCAGCCUUCAGUCCCCCGGGGCCCCCACGGAAGCCCCCAGCACUCUCCCGAGUGUCCAAGAUGUUUUCAGUGGCGCACCCGGCCCCCAAGGUCCCGCAGCCUGAGCGGCUGGACCUGGUGUACGCGGCACUCAAGCGAGGCCUGACGGCCUAUUUGGAAGUGCACCAGCAGGAACAGGAGAAACUCCAAAGACAGAUAAGGGAGUCCAAGAGGAAUUCCCGCCUGGGCUUCCUGUAUGACUUGGACAAGCAAGUCAAGUCCAUUGAACGCUUCCUACGACGGCUGGAGUUCCACGCCAGCAAGAUCGACGAGCUGUAUGAGGCAUACUGUGUCCAGCGGCGUCUCCGGGAUGGCGCCUACAACAUGGUCCGUGCCUACAGCACCGGCUCCCCAGGGAGCCGUGAGGCCCGGGACAGCCUGGCCGAGGCUACUCGGGGGCAUCGGGAGUACACAGAGAGCAUGUGCCUGCUGGAGAGCGAGCUGGAAGCACAGCUGGGAGAGUUCCAUCUCCGGAUGAAAGGGCUGGCCGGCUUCGCCAGGCUAUGUGUGGGCGAUCAGUAUGAGAUCUGCAUGAAAUAUGGGCGUCAGCGCUGGAAACUACGGGGCCGCAUAGAGGGUAGUGGAAAGCAGGUGUGGGACAGUGAGGAAACCGUCUUUCUUCCUCUGCUCACGGAGUUCCUGUCCAUCAAGGUGACAGAACUGAAGGGCCUGGCCAACCAUGUGGUUGUAGGCAGCGUCUCCUGUGAGACCAAGGAUCUGUUCGCCGCCCUGCCCCAGGUUGUAGCUGUGGACAUUAAUGACCUUGGCACCAUCAAGCUCAGCCUGGAAGUCACGUGGAGUCCCUUCGACAAGGAUGACCAGCCCUCAGCCGCUUCUACUGUCAACAAGGCCUCCACAGUCACCAAGCGCUUCUCCACCUACAGCCAGAGCCCACCAGACACGCCCUCACUUCGGGAACAGGCCUUCUAUAAUAUGCUGAGGCGGCAGGAGGAGCUGGAGAAUGGGACAGCGUGGUCCCUGUCAUCCGAAUCUUCCGAUGACUCCUCUAGCCCACAGCUCUCAGGCACUGCGCGCCACUCCUCAGCCCCCAGGCCCCUGGUGCAGCAGCCUGAGCCUCUGCCCAUCCAGGUUGCCUUCCGUAGGGCUGAGACCUCCACUUCUGGGACCGUGGAUGAGGAGAGGGCCAUGGCCCCAGCCCUGGCCAAUGGGCAUGCCCCCUACAGCCGGACUCUGAGCCAUAUCAGCGAGGCCAGUGUGGAUGCUGCCCUGGCUGAGGCUUCAGUGGAGGCUGCAGGCCUAGAAAGUCUAGUCCGGGGACCCAGCCCACCUGCACCCCCAGAUCCCACACAUGGGGAGCACCCUAGUCCUGUCCUUUCUGCCCUGGACCCUGGCCAUUCUGCCACAAGCCCCACUCUCAGUACAACAGGCCCCGCCCACACAUCUACAGACCCUGCCCCCUCUGCACACCUAGACUCAGUUAACAAGAGCAUAAAUUCUAGCUCUCCUGAAUUGCCAGACCCCACCCACACCACUACAAGCUCCACCUCUAGUGCCGUAAGCCCUACCCAUAGUGCUCCAAGCCUCACUCACACUACCACAAGUUCUACCCACAAGACUGUGGUCUCUACCGUCACUAUUACAGGCCCUACCCCCAGUACCACAGGGCCAGUCCAGACCACCACAAGUCCCACCCACAAGCCAAUGCUUUCUACCCUCACUCCUGCAGCUCCUGCCCCCAAUACUACAGACCCAGUCCAGACCACUACAAGCCUCAGCCACACUGUCACAAACCUGACACACACUGUCACAAGCCCCACCAGCAAGCACAUGAUCUCUACCCUCUCUACUGCAGGCCCUACCCCCAGUACCACAGACCCAGCCCAGACUACCACAAGCCCCACCCAUACUACCACUAGCACCACCCACACUACUGCAAGCCCUACCCACACCACCAUAAGCCCCACCCACACUGCUACAAGCCCCACCCAUACCACAAUAAGCCCCGCCCAUUCCAUAAUAAGCCCCGCCCACACUACUGCAAGCUCUACCUACACCACCGCAAGCAGUACCCACACUACUGCAACCCCUACUCACACAGCCAGGAUUUCAACUCACACCGCUACACCCAAUGCUAAGGACCCAGUCCAGAUCACCAGGAGUCCUACCCAUUCUGUCACAAGUCCCACCCUUAUAACUGUAAGCCCUUCCACUUUUCUAGACCUUGACACGCUCUCCAACCCCUCUGCAAACACAGACCCUCCCCUCCCAGGCAUCGACCCCCUGUCCUGUAGCUACGCAGCCUCCACUUCCUGCACUCAGGCAGACCCCAUAGCCCUCAGCACCUCCCACCCAAGUCCUACCUGUUCCAGUUGGGAACCCCUCACAAGCCCUUCCCCAAGACUCCCAGAAGCCAUCCAUCAGAGCCCAAGUCCCCCUCCCUCACCCCUAGCCCCUGUGACCCAGCAUUCAGACCCUAGAGUGGCCAGGGCUGCCCAGGCCCCAGUUCCAGGGGCAGCUGGAGGUGCUGGGGACAGGAAACUGGAAGAGGCACUGGGGGCCCUAAUGGCUGCCCUGGAUGACUAUCGUGGCCAGUUUCCUGAGCUGCAGGGCCUGGAGCAGGAGGUGACCCGGCUGGAGAGUCUGCUUAUGCAGAGACAAGGCCUGACUCGCAGCCGGACCUCCAGUCUUAGCAUCACUGUGGAGCAUGCCCUGGAGAGCUUCAGCUUCCUCAAUGAAGAUGAAGAUAAUGACAGUCCUGGGGACAGUGCUUCUGGUCACCUUCCUCCUCAUCCCUGCAGUGUCUGCCUCCUCCGUCGGUCCCCACCAGCUCCUGAGCCUCCAGCUCCUCCUCUCUUCCUUGGCCUCACCUUGAACCUACCCUGUGAACGAGCCUUUACUGUGCCUCCCCAUGCAUCCUGUGCCCCCCAGCAUCAACCCCCUCUGUCUGGACCCCAGCUUUCCCAGAGACCCUGGUCCCUUGGCUCUUUGUCCCAGAGUGGCCUUUGCCGAUUCCCAGUUGAAGGUCAUGCCCGGCCCCUCCUCCCUCCGCUGCUGCCCAGGUUAUGGCCCCGUGCCCUGCGCCCCUUGGGCCGCAACCCCUUGCAGUCCACAUUGCGUAGACCAUCCCGCCUGCAACCCUACUCCCGCCCAUCCAAGCCCCGGCGGCCCCAGAGGUCCCAGCAGUCCUAGCUGGAGGUAGCCCUGGGCAGACAGGCUCUGGAGACCCCUGCUACCACCUGCUGGUCCCAGCCCUUUCCUCCUUCUGGAAGUCCUCCGUGAACUUACCCAUUGUCUGUUGUUUGUGCAUGAUGUGUUCUUCUGUUCUGGGAUGGGGGGAACUUAAUAAAAAUACUCUGGUGACCAGAUGAUGAUG